UAUGGCUCCUCCAGCCAUCCCUAUUGUCUGCCCUGGGCUGUGGGGGUGCCCCUAUCCUAGCAGUGCUGGGUCCUGGACCCACCUGGGGCAUCACGUGGCAGCAAGGGCAGCCCAGCUGUGCUAGCCUCUGCCUGGGGGAACGGGCCAGCCAGGACCAGCUGGGAGCAUCCGGCCAGGACAUUCCAAGACGCAGGCCAGGCAGUGCAGGGCGCCAAGCCCUUGGCUAUAAAUACCCUCCUGGAAGAUUCCUGUCAGGGAUCGUCUGUCCACUGAGCACGGAGCCAGCGGGCAGGGGCAGAGGGGGACCCGCAGUACCAGCCCCACUGAGGAGCUGUCCCAGCUGGCCUGGGGCCCUGAUCCCAGGGACCCCACCAUGGCUCUGCUGGGCCCAUCACUCCUGCUCUGUCUCAUCCUUGUGUCGUCGUGCUGGGCAGGCUGCGUGGAGGUGGACUCCCACACUGAGGCUGUUUUUGGGAUGACAUUCAAGAUCCUCUGCAUUUCCUGCAAGAAGCGGAGCGAGACCUCGGCCGAGGCCUACACGGAGUGGUACUUCAGGGAGAAGGGCACUGAGAUCUUCACCAGGAUCCUGCGUUACGACCCUGACGCACUGCUGGAGGUGGUGGACGAGCGGUUCCAGGAUCUGGUGGUGUGGAACGGCAGCAAGAACACGCGGGACCUGCAGGAUCUGUCCAUCUUCCUGACCAACGUGACCUAUGCGCAGGCGGGCGAGUACCUGUGCCGUGUUGACCGCAACCUCACCUUUGAUGGCUACGUCUACAACAUUGUCAUCAACAAGACCAUCCAUGUCGAGGUGGUGGACAAGGCGAACCGGGACAUGGCGUCCAUCGUGUCAGAGAUCAUGAUGUAUGUGCUCAUCGUGGUGCUCACCAUCUGGCUGGUGGCUGAGAUGAUUUAUUGCUACAAGAAGAUUGCAGCAGCCACGGAGGCAGCUGCACAGGAGAAUGCCUCCGAGUACCUGGCCAUCACGUCAGAGAGCAAGGAGAAUUGUGCCGGGGUGCAGGUGGCGGAAUAGUCCUUGGAGGCCGUCCGCAAGCCUGGGGGACCUCGCGUGGCGGGCCUGAGGUAACAGCAAGGAACGAAUGAAGGACAAGGGGAGUGAUUCGAGAUGGGGCACCCCCCAGAGAGUGCCCCCCAGCUGGCUCCCCCACACACCCUGCACGCCUGGGGUUGCUCCAAACAAAGCAUGUUGUUGUGAAUCCUAGCACUUGCUCUUCCAGCCCCACGGGGGAUGGGCAGUGGGCACCUUGCUCUUUUAGACAAAUCCCUUCUCCUCAUGGUGAGCGAGGCUGCCCCUGCCACAAUGCAUGAUGGGGGAAGCAACAUGGCUACUGCUCAUGCAAUGCAAAGCUUGGCCUCAGCCUGCUCCAGCCCCCCACCCCCGCCUCUGGGCACUGCACUCGCGCUUUCUGGUUUGCACAUUUCGCGCGCUUCAGGUUAUUUUGGUUACUUCACUGCCAGCACGUUCUGGUUCUGAGGAGCAGGGGCCUGACGUGGGACACAGGAAGGGAAGGGCAUCAGAGCCCCAAACAGCUUCCAGCCUGGUCCCAGGUUACCAGCGCAAAGCAUUAGCCUCUCAGGGACUUGGGUGAGGCCUCCAGGCUGGCUGCCCAGUGGGUUCCUAGGCCUGAGCCAGACUCGAACCGGUGUCCAGGACGCCUGCAUACUGGGAUCCCAUGGUCCCAGCCACAUGAGAGGAUGGAGGAUGCCUCCAAGAUGGCUGCCCAAUGGGUCCCAACUUGGCCACACCCAAGGCACCGUGGAGAUGGGGGAAAUGUCCAAGAUGGCUGCCCAUGAGUCCUGAGGCCCCACCCCAAGACUGAGCCAGGCAUACACGAUGGCUGCCUUCAGGACCCCAGGCACGUUCCCUGAAGGAGCUCGUGUUUCCAUUCACAAAUGGGAUGUACCCCAUUGCCCCAGGGGGCUGCUUCGCAGACUCCCAGAGCAGACUCCCCUGGGUCCCCUACCCUCCAUCCCCUCCCAAUGGCCAAGGGACGGCAGGCAGGGCUGGGCUAGGAUUCCUCCAGGUCCCUGGCACUCAGACAGCUCCUCCCAUAGUAGGGGGGGGCGCGGAGGCUGAAAUCUGAGGGAUUUGCUAGGCCUCAGCCUUCCAAGGGGUGCAGCAGACUCUACACGCUCCCCUCCAUGCACUGACACCAGAGAUACCAGCUGCCGCCAUGCCAUCCAGCCCCCCCAUGCAAUAUCCCCCAGUGCCAUAUCCUCCCAUUCCAGCCACCCUUCCAUGCCAUCCAGCCCCCCAGUGCCAUAACCCCCAAUGCCAUCCAGCCAUAUCUCCUGUGCCUGCCAACCAUCCCCCCGAUCCUCCCCAUGCCACCCCACUCCCCAGUGUCAUGUCCCCCUCAGUCCCCCUGGCCCAGGGGACCCAUCGCCCCAACCCAGCCACUCUGGGCUCUUCAGGGAAUACAGCUGAGUGGCUCCUGGACCCUCCUCCUCCGACCCUUGGACAGGUCCUGAGGACACACCCAUCACUGUGCCGUAGGGGCUGU